CGACUGUGAACGACGCGGAGCUCCUGCGCAGGCCCUCGCUGCACCCACGUCUUGCUGCCAUUGCUGCAUCCGCUGCGUCUGCCGCGCUGUGACCCGACCCGCGCCUCUCUGCGACCCUCUGCGACCCACUGCGCCAAUUGCGCACCCGCUGCCGGCCUCCACAGCAACCAGCAAACAGCAACCAGCUCCGCGCCCCGUCCCACCCCGUCCCCCAACACCGCCCAGCUCGCGCGUGCAGUCGCCAUCCUCGACGCAAUCAUGUCUGGCUGGACCUUUGGAAAGCCGGCCGGCGGCAAUGCCGACCCCAAGCCUGCAGGCUCGCUCUUCUCCAACGCCGCCGGCUCUUCGCCGUUUGGCGCCGCCAGCACGGGAGCGAGCACCCCAGCGAGCACCGCAGGAAGCACCGGCGGCAUCUUUGGCGGCGGCGGCUUUGGCAGCAAGCCCGCGGGCGCGCCAGCCACCUCGGGCUUUGGGUUUGGCGCCGCGAAGCCUGGCGACGCUGCGAAGCCGUCUCUGUUUGGAGCCGCAUCGACUGGCGCCGCUCCGGCUGCGUCCCCAGGCGCUGCCCCGACGACUGGCGGCUUGUUUUCCACAGGAGCAUCGACAGCCACCACAGGCUCUUUCACGCCUGCCGCUACGCCCGCUGCCGCAAAGACUUUCGCCCUCCCUUCAACCACGCCCAUGGGCAACCCCCCCGGAACAAACCUGUUCGGCCAGACUCCUGCAGCCCCGUCGGGCUUCUCGCUAGGCGGAGCACACAACCGCCAGACCAGUGCCAGCACGCCUGGCGCCCCCUUGUUUGGAUCCAAGCCUGACGCUGCACCCGCAACACUCAACCUGUUUGGAGCCAAGCCCGCGCCGACGACAGGUCUGUUCGGCGGGAACGAUGCGAACAAGGCUGCGACCCCGACCACCCCUGCCGCUGCGCCGAGCUCGCAGCAGACGCCCAAGCCCGCUGCAGGACUGUUCAGCGGAGCUGGCUUUUCCAGCACACCGCCUGCAGGCAAGACUCCUGCAUUCAGCCUGGGAGCAUCUACACCUGCAUCGCAGUCUGCUGCCCCACAGUCAUCGCUGGCUUCGGCGUUUGGUGGCUUCAACAACAAGCCCUCGACUUCAUCGGCAGCACCUUCACCCGGUCUGUUUGCCGGAGCGUCCACACCAAGUGCUCCCGCAGCUAGCGGUAGCUCAGCCCCCAGCAUCUUCACGAAGCCCGAGGUGAGCACGCCAAGCAACUCGACCCCUGCCGCUGGAGCCACGACAACUGCAACGAGCGGCACUGCUACCACCACCACUAGCUCAACUCCUGGUCUUUUCGCUGGUGCUGGUGCUGGCGGUGCUGCUGCAAGCUCCGCAACGCCGGCGUCUUCCGCACCACCAGCAUCAGGUGCAACGGGAGGCCUCUUUGCUGGCCUGGGUGGAGCAACAGCACCAGCUUCAACGCCUGCUCAGCCCAAGGCCACUCUUGGUGCUACACCUGCAGCUUCAGGGGAUGCAAACAAAAGCGGACUCGCAAACUCCACUGCUGGACCCCCGCCAUCCGCUCAGUCGCGUCUCAAGAACAAGUCCAUGGACGAGAUCAUCACACGUUGGGCUGCGGACCUGUCCAGGUACCAGAAGGAGUUCCAGUCGCAAGCGGAGACGGUUGCAAAGUGGGACCGCGAGCUGGUCGAGAACUCCGACAAGGUUCGCCAGUUGUACUCGAAGACAUUCCAAGCCGAGCGCGAUGCGGCCGAAGUUGAGAGGCAGCUGACCAUGAUGGAGGAGAAUCAGCAGGAACUCGACUCGUAUCUCGACCGAUACGAGAAGGAAAUCGAGAACUUGAUGAAGGUGCACGGCGUGUCUGGCCGUUCAGACGGUCUGCGUGGCCCUGACCAGGAGCGCGAGAGGACAUACAAGCUCGCCGAGAAGCUCCAAGACCGCCUCAAUGAGCUGAACAAGGACCUCACAGAAAUGAUCGAGGAGAUCAACACCACAUCCCAGACGCUCAGCAAGACUGGCAAGCCCGACGACCCUCUCACAAAGGUCGUCCGCGUCCUCAACACCCAGCUCUCCCAGCUCCAGCUCAUCGACUCGGGCGCCUCGCAGCUGCAAGACAAGAUCGCCAAGGCGCAGAAGGAGAGCCGCGUUGUCGGCGCCAACGGCUGGAACGGCCUGGGCACUGACCCCACAGACGACUUUUACAAGAGCUUCCGCGGGAACAGAGUCGAACGCUAUGGCGGCCACGCAUAGCGUUGUUGCCGUGAGUACGAUGUAGUUUUAGGAACUUGGAGUGCAUGGUUGGGCGUUUUUUGGCGUCGCUUGGGCAGGCGGAGGACGGUUGGAGAGGGCUAUGUAGCAAAACUAUUCGAACGUCAUAUAGCAAGAUUAUUCAAGCGUCAUACCCAUACGUGAGUACAGGCACAGCUGUGAGUUGCCCAAAGGCUUGAAAACGCA